AUGCAACUCACACUGGCGGUGAACGGGCUUACGUUCACGGUGGCCUGCGGCGAAGGCCACCAGUGCAUCAAGUGGCUCGGCCUCGUAGCCGCCCAGCGCUACGCACUCAUGCUACCGCACGGCCGCUGCCGCACCCGCGAAGACGCGCAUGCCAAGCAUGGCUUUUACCUUCCGCGCGAAGUCAAAAAUUCGGAGGGCGUGAUACUGAGCCCAUGGUCGCGCAUCUCGGACUGCUGCCGCGAGAACGAAGUCAUCGCUGUCGUGCUUCAGCACGAGGUCCCCGUUGACGAGAUUGGCAUCCCGGUCAUGACCGAGUGGGCCGCCUCGGCGUUCUCCAACACGAGCAACCAGCAGUCGGAGGUGGAGCCAGACGCCGGUGACAUCGACGGGAUCGCUGGCAAAGGACGUAUUCCGCGCGACGCGCCCGACGCAAUCAAUGGCUACGCCAAAGCGCACCAAGCCACUCACGUCCGGUCGGGGCAGUUUGUCUCGCAAGAGGAAAUCGAGGCUGCGUUCUACCACGACCUGCCCUUCUUGCAGCUCGACGAGUUUGUCAAGGAAGCCAAGGACCGCGACGACGUCGAAGAGACGCUGCUCAAGUACUACGACGCCGUCAAUAUGAUCUACAAGCACUAUAGCAUCGGGUUUGGCGACGACAUGUACAGCAUGAGCCUCCUCGAAUUUCUCCAUUUCGUGCACGAGUCGACCAUGUUGCACUUCCAGACGGACCACAACGUCAUCGACAAGAUCUUCCACACCGUUGUGACGGGCCUUGGGCUCGAGACGCCGUCGUUGCCCCGCGUCGGGUUCAUCCAAGCACUGCUGCGCGUGAUCCUUGCCUACAACAAGAUGUACGGUGACGACACCCCGUUCGUACCGGCCCUCGAGAAGAGUCUCAAGGACCACGUCAAACCAGCCGUCCUGCGCUUGACAACGGGUCCGUUUCGCGAUACAGUGCACACCGAUAGCAUCCUGGCGCUCUUUCAAGACGCCCGACCCAAGGUGCUCAAGGUCUACGAAAAGUACGCGACCGCCACGAGCGACAAGAUUCCUGGCACGUAUCUGAACGCAAACGACCUGCGGUCACUGAUCCAAGACAGCGGUAUCUUUUGCACGGGCGACAGCGACGAGCACGAAGCGCUCUUCAACACCGCGCUACUGCAGUGCUUUACCGGCAUGAAGGACUGCAACAACGCCGACACGCAGUGGUUUGUCCUCGUCGAAGUCCUUGAGAUCGUGAGCCGCCUCUCGCUCGGCAUUUGGCAAGACAAGGACGUCUCGGAAAAGGAAACGAUCCGGAUCGGUCUCGACGCAGUCCGCGCGCUCGCGAAAUCCAAGUGACAAUAGCUUCCUACACCCUUCCAUCGAGAACCCUAUAUGAGCAGCAUAGAACAAUAGCUAUGAACGAAGAUAUCGUCUUGCUCGU